AAAAAACUUCGAAAGCAAUUACAUAUUUGAAAGUCAAUCGCCUUUGAACAUAACAAAAUCAUUGAAACGUCUACAUAGCCAACAAAAUGGGUUUGGGGCGUCAGGAGAAUACGCUGGAGAAGCAAAUUGGCUGCGUAAAGUACACGCUUUUCUGUCUCAAUAUUGUCGCAUGGAUGCUGGCCACGUCGCUGUUCGCGCUUUCCGUCUGGCUGCGCGCCGAAGAGGGAUUCAGCAAUUGGCUGACCAUUUUACAGGCACAAACCUUUUAUAUUGGCGUCUACAUAUUAAUUGGCACAAGCAUUAUCAUGAUGGCGGUGACAUUUUUGGGUUGUCUUAGCGCUUUGAUGGAGAACACUUUGGCGCUUUUGGUCUUUCUCGGCACACAGGUGUUUGGUUUUGUCGCUGGUGUGGCCGGUUCGGCGGUUUUGCUCGAUUACAGCACCAUGCACUCGAGCUUGCAGCCGUUGUUACAGCGCUCGCUGACUUAUCUGGUAAGCACCUCGGAGUACUCACAUUCAUCGUAUGUGCUCAAUAUGAUACAAAGCAAUAUUGGCUGCUGUGGCGCUACGGGACCAUGGGAUUAUUGGAAUUUGCAUCAACCACUGCCAAACUCAUGUCGCGACACCGUGAGCGGUAAUUGUUUCUUUAACGGUUGUGUCGAUGAGUUGACUUGGUUUUUCGAGGGCAAGACAUCUUGGAUUGUGGGUGUGGCCCUAGCAUUGGCGAUGUUGAAUGUGGUGUGCGCCAUUUUGAGUUUAGUGCUGGUGCAAGCUGUUAAAAAGGAGGAGGAUGAAGCGCAGACUUAUCGACAUUGAGUAAUUACAAUUAGCGGAAAAUAGUAGCAGACGAUGUUGGGAGUCGAAUAUGCACAAUAGUUGUUGCUGGGAAUGCGUACGUUUUUAUUUAGCGAUGAAUGUGCGCAUUGAGUUCCGUUGGAAACCGACAAUUUUAAAACUUGUAGUUUUUUACCACAAAACCGCCGAAUGAACUUUUUACAUACUACAUACAUAUUUUUCAUGCAUUUUAAUUUUUACCGUUAUCCAUUAGAAUUUUAAGUUUGGUUAACAAAAUGAAAACUUUACAAAUACAUCUAAGCGCACAAAUAGUUUUAAUGAAAUCGUUAAUAAAUAAAUAUUUGUGUUUUCUUCUGCACUUGGAAGAAAAUAACAAGAAAACAGUGUUGCUAUCAA